CUUUCAAAAAGCAGAUUUCUGUGUAUUUCAACACUGGUAUUCUCUCUCCUUGUAGGCUUCUCCUCCCCAGGCAAAACAAGCUCACUGAAUCCAGGCUUUCCCCACAGGACAUAUUUUCUGUAUCUUCUCUAGACUGACUUAUCUAUUUGCCAUAAAAUUGUUAAGAUCCAAGUAGUUGUUUUCAGUUUGUGUAUUUAAUUUGGAAGAAAGAUUUAUGUGUCCCAAAGCAUGUUUAUUAUUUCCAGCUAUUUCAAUUGGUCUAAUAAAAGAUAUUACCUCAUCUCACAAACCUUUAUCUCAUUUAGGGACUUACAUCAUCACAAAUGGAGCAGCACUGCUUUUACUGUCAGUGUGACAGACUCUGUGUCCUGUUCUCUUGCUGCUUCCUGUCACUCCCAGUUUGUGCCUCUCUGUGUCUGGUUUAUCCUGCAUUCUUGUGUGUGUUUCUCUGCCCAUGUGCUGAGUUUUGAAGCUGAGGAAGUGACUCUGUCAAGCUGCUUUCUUACCAUUCUUCUGCAAUAGGAACUGUGGAUGGAACACCAAGCUGAGGAGCCAGACGUUUUAUUGAAGGCUUAUGUGUAGACCCUGAUGCUUGAAUGAAGAAUGAAAAUGCUCCCUGGAGUGGGUGUGUUUGGAACUGGUAGUGCUGCCCGGGUCCUGGUACCCUUGCUGAGGGCAGAAGGCUUCUCCAUUGAAGCUCUUUGGGGGAAAACUGAAGAGGAGGCCAAGCAGCUGGCAGAGGAAAUGAACAUCUCCUUCUACACGAGUAGGACUGAUGAUGUCUUGCUGCAUCAGGACGUAGAUUUGGUUUGCAUCAACAUCCCUCCACCGCUAACUCGGCAAAUUGCUGUGAAGGCUCUAGGAAUAGGGAAGAAUGUGCUUUGUGAGAAAGCUGCUACCUCUGUGGAUGCCUUCAGGAUGGUCACAGCUGCCAGGUAUUACCCCAAGCUGAUGAGCAUCGUUGGCAACGUUCUGCGUUUCCUGCCCGCCUUUGUGAAGAUGAAGCAGUUGAUAGAGGAGCACUACGUGGGCAACGUCAUCAUCUGCGACGUGCGAGUCUACGGGGGGAGCCUGCUCAGCCACAAGUACAACUGGAUCUGUGACGAGCUCAUGGGAGGGGGUGGGCUGCACACCAUGGGCACCUACAUCAUCGACCUCCUGACUCACCUCACCAGCAGGAGAGCAGAGAAGGUCCACGGUUUGCUCAAGACUUUUGUGAAGCAGAACACGGCCAUCAGCGGGAUCCGCCACGUCACCAGCGAUGACUUCUGCGUUUUCCAGAUGCUGAUGAGCGACGGCGUCUGUUGCACUGUGACUCUCAACUUCAACAUGCCCGGGUCGUUCAUCCAUGAGGUCAUGAUCGUGGGGUCUGCCGGGCGCCUCGUAGCUCGUGGGACAGACUUGUACGGGCAGAAGAACACUGCGCUCCAGGAAGAACUACUGUUUACAGACUCUCUGCCUGUCAACAAGGGCCUUUUGGAUAAGGGCUUUAAGGACAUCCCGCUGCUUUACCUGAAAGGAAUGGUGUACAUGGUGCAAGCCCUGCGGCAGUCUUUCCAAGACCAGGAAGACCGUCGGACGUGGGAUCAUAAACCUGUGUCUAUGGCAGCCUCUUUUGAAGAUGGUCUCUACAUGCAGAGUGUGGUAGAAGCCAUCAAGAAAUCGAGUAGGUCAGGUGAGUGGGAGACUGUGGAGGUGAUGACUGAGGAACCAGAUGCCAACCAAAACCUCUGUGAGGCACUUCAAAGAAAUAACUUAUGAACAUUCCUACCUUGGAAAAUAGGACAAUUAACACUUCUGGCUGUAAUGUAAAAAAAAUACCUGUUUUUAAGAUAUGUAGAUUCUUAUUUAAUAGCCUGAGUUUCUUGGUUUUUUUAAACAUGUAAAAUAUGUUCUUAUAGGAACGGUUCUGGUUUAAAUUGUUUAAAGAGUUUUAAAUGUUUCUAUUUUUUGCAAACAUUUAAUUUUUUUCUUGGAGACUGGUAGGAAAACUUGAAUUGCCCUUUGCACUUGCAGUAGCUGAAGUGAAUUGUGGGAUCUCUGCCAUUGCAUGGCUUGGAAAUGGGACACAACCCCUGUUGCACAGGUUGCUGAUUUAACCAUGAGAGCACGUAGAGCAAGAUCAGGGAGUAUCUGUUGUUCAGAUGCCUUUUUCUUCUCUCUUGGAGACUGAUGUAUGUUUUAAUCCUCAGUUUGUAAAAUUUUAGAAAAGAGUUUAGUGAUGUAACCGGUCUCUAAACUCCUACGGGACAAAAAGAAGGAAUGGAUUGAAGUUACUAACAUAAGGAUCAGCCUUUUGGCUUCCUGUAUGUGGUAAAUGUCUUUCAAAUUCAUUCAAACUGAUGUUUUAUUUAAAUUAUACUAUAAUUCUCUGUUGAUGGUGUCUUGGCAGGAAAAUCUCCAGGAAGUCUGUGAUGCAUUGAGCUGUUCUUCCAUAUCUGUGGAUAUUAUUCCUUCUACUCAAGAGGCUGCCUGCAUCCAGCAGCUGUUUUUCCAUAAGCUCUGUGCUUAUGUCAGUUGUGUUUACUGCCUGGCAGCACCGAUGCUGUGCCUGUGGGGCCACGUUCUCAUUUCUGUGACUGUUAAUAAAUAAAUGCCUCCCAGGGUCACAGGAUUGCCACAGUGUUGUGGGUAACAAAGUUGUGCAGCAUGAACCUUUCAGGGACCUGAAAGUGGAAGGAAGGAGGUAUUUCCUACCUCUUGCAGCUCUCUUAAUGUGCUGGCUGCGUAACUGUCACACUACACACAUCCUGAUAGCUGAGAGAACAGGGACUGAACUGCCGUGGGUAAAUGUGUUCUUGAUCUCAGACACUGGCUGUUAAUCCUCUGUCCAGCCCAUCUUCACACUCCUGCAGCUGGUGUCCAGUGGAGAGAUUUGUUGGCAGAUGAUGGAGUGGGAGUUCAUUCCUUUUGAGAAAUGUUUCUCUCUGAGGCAGGUAUGUGGAAAGGAUAGUCUAAUUUUACUACAUUUGUUUUGUGUACUUGAAAGCUUUUUUUUUUUUUUAAAUGUAUUUCCCACUAAAUUGUAACCCUGUGUAUUUAUGUAUAUUAACAUGCACGCUGCUGUUUCAUAAGCUGGACCUUCCUGAAAAGUAUCAUGUUUUCUACAGAAAUAAAAAAAUUGUGUUUGUUGAGGAAAUUCUCUA